AUGGCCGGGCCUCGGGGCGCCCUGCUGGCCUGGUGCCGCCACCAGUGCCGGGGCUACCCCGGCGUUGAGAUCCGGGACCUAAGCGGCUCCUUCCGGGACGGCCUGGCCUUCUGCGCGCUCCUGCACCGGCACCGGCCCGAGCUCCUAGAUUUCGACUCGCUCUCCAAGGACAAUGUCUAUGAAAAUAACCGCCUGGCCUUUGAGGUGGCAGAGCGGGAGCUGGGCAUCCCAGCCCUGCUGGACCCCAACGACAUGGUCUCCAUGAGUGUGCCUGACUGCCUUAGCAUCAUGACCUAUGUGUCUCAGUAUUAUAAUCAUUUUACGAACCCCAGCCAAGGCAGCGUCUCUCCACCUGGAAAAUACCCAGCAGGUCCUUCCUCCCCUUCGGCAUCAGCUGCAGCUCCCAAAGCUGACACAGAGAAUAGCAAGAUCCAGGAUGAGCCGGAGGCUGCCCCGGAGAGCCUGGCUGAGCAGGGCUCCCGUGGCAUCCCCAGCAGCACCUGUGCUGCCUGUCACCAGCAUGUCCACUUGGUACAGCGCUAUCUGGCGGAGGGCAAGCUUUAUCAUCGUCAGUGCUUCAGAUGUAAGGAGUGCUCCAGCACCCUGCUCCCUGGAGCCUACAAGAACGGACCAGAGGCAGGCACCUUUGUGUGCACUCAGCAUCGGGGCAAGCUGGGCCCCCUGGGGCGGACAGAAGGCAGGCCCAAAACGGCCCUGCAACCCCCAGAGGGGACAGACCGGACAGAGGCUACUGCUGUGGGUGAGGAUGAGGAAGACUCUGCUGUUUCCAGGAGGGAUCAGGGGGAGCCACAGCCCAGCCUGGAGCCCCUGCCUCAGACUCUGUCCAAACCCCCCCUCCCCAACAAGCCUCAGGAGCUGACUUCUUCGCCAGCGCCACCCCGGCCGACUCCUGCCCCAAGGAAAGCCUCGGAGACAUCCCCUGGCCCCCAGCCUGUCCCUCGGCCACGUUCCAGUGUACAGGGGGAGAGCCCCGGAGAGCAGGGCCCCUGCCUGGUCAAUGGAAGGUUGCACGAAUCCAGCCCCCCGGUCCCCAAACCGAGAGGAACACCCAAGGCCUCAGAUCGAGCUAUAGCUCCCAAGAAGAAGGACCCGCCGUGGAUCACCCUGGUACAAGCAGAACCCAAGAAGAAGCCAGCCCCUCAGCCCCCUGGAAGCCGCCCCGAGACUCCCUCCCGGGCCGCAGAGGAAGAAGAGAACCGAGGAGAGUCAAACCCGGGGCCGGAGCAGGAGAGCCUACCAGCUGCUCAAGAGCCCAAGCCUUAUAACCCCUUCGAGGAUGAGGAAGAUGAGGAAGAAGCAGCCACUCCGCCCGCGCCUGCCCCAGAGCAGGCCCCGAAGACGCUGCAUCCCUGGUACGGCAUCACCCCCACCAGCAGCCCCCGGACCAAGAAGCGACCAGCUCCCCGAGCACCCAGCGCCUCCCCCCUUGCUCUGCACCCCUCCCGACUCCCUGCCCCUCGACUCUCGCACUCGGAGCCACCCUCUUCAACCCCGUCGCCAGCCCUCAGUGUGGAGAGCCUCUCCUCAGAGGGCUCCGUUCUGGCUCCUGGCGAGCUGGAGCCUCCUGCGGCAGUGCCCAAGAGCUCCUCUGAGCCCACUGUCCAUGCCCCUGGGCCCCCCCCCAGCCUCUCAGCCGCCUCGUCCCUCUCCUCCUCUGAAGAGCUAGGCCAGCCUGGCCCAGACCGAGCCAGCCCCAGCCCGUCUGCUGGCCAGACCAAGGGAGACCUGGGCCCACAGCCCGCCAAGCCCUGUGCCGGGGCUGCCCCCACCCCGCUCCUGCUGGCCAGAGAGAGGAACCCCCCGUCCCCCCAGCUGCACGUGAAGUCCUCCUGCAAAGAGAACCCCUUUAAUCGGAAGGCAUCACCCAUGGCCUCCCCAACGAUGAAGAAAAGCCAGAAAGGGUUCAAGCCGGUGCGGCCGCCUGCCCCUGGGCACGGUUUCCCACUCAUCAAACGAAAGGUCCAGGCUGACCAGUACAUCCCAGAGGAGGAUCUCUAUGGGGAGAUGGACGUCAUUGAGCGGCAGCUGGACCAGCUGGAGCAUCGCGGAGUGGCCCUGGAGGAGAAGCUGCGCAGCGGGGAGAAUGAUGGCCGCGAGGACGACCUUCUGGUGGACUGGUUCAAGCUCAUCCACGAGAAACACAUGCUGGUGCGGCGGGAAUCGGAGCUCAUCUACAUCUUCAAGCAGCAGAACCUCGAGCAGCGCCAAGCUGACGUGGAGUAUGAGCUGAGGUGCCUUCUCAAUAAGCCGGAUAAGGACUGGACGGAUGAAGACCGAGGAAGGGAGAAAGUGCUCAUGCAGGAGCUGGUUACCAUCAUUGAACAGCGCAAUGCCAUAGUCAACUGCUUGGAUGAAGACCGGCAGAGGGAGGAAGAGGAAGACAAAAUGUUGGAAGCCAUGAUCAGGAAGAAAGAGUUUCACAAGGAGACAGAAUCUGGGAUGAAGAAGAAAGGCAAAUUCAAGACCAUGAAGAUGCUGAAGCUGUUGGGAAACAAGCAUGACCCCAAGAGCAAGUCCCCCAAGGACAAAAGCUAAGAGCGUGUGGGGACGGGUGUGCAAGGCCACCUGCUGGCGGUCAUUGGCCUUCUGGCUUUCUUCCCCACUGUGGGUUGGGGGCAGGCCCCUGGGCUGGUCUUCUCUCCAAUGAUGGGGAAGGCUUCAGUUCCUUCUUUCCCUAGGGGGAUUUCAAGACCAGGCUCCAAUGAGAAGACUUCAAGAAGGGGGUUCCCCAUCAAUGCCUUCUCCCUGCAGUUGGGCCAAAGAGCUCCCUACCUUCUCCUCUGUGUGUGUCAGAGAGUGCUACAGUGGGAAAGGAGACGCUAUUUAUCCAGUGGUGUUUUUAUGGUGGUCAUUACUGUGUUAUUAUUAUUAUUAUUGACUAAAUGAGCAGCAACAGAUCAGGGUGAGGGGCAAGUCUGCCCCACCAUCCCCCUUUUUUACUGUUCUCCAUCUACCUGGGCCCACUCCCACCCCAGCUCCUCUCCUCCCCACUUCUAGAAAGGAUCGUUACUUCCCAAGUUUCUCUUGAUUGAUGAGGUUGGGCACCCCAAUGCCACCAUUUCCUUUCUUUCCUCCCCCCAGGGAGCAGCAGAAAUGAUGCCCCUACACACACACACACACACACAAUUUGUGUGUUCAAGCACAUCCUGCAGGAGCUAUUUAUGAAAUGAUUGGAGUUCAAUCCUGAUCUGCAGAUGGGGACUGCUUCAGCUGAUCCCACAGCAGAUGGGUGAAUAGAGGGGACUCCCAGGAAAUCCCUUCUCCCAAACCUGGCAGGCAACAGGAAAGGGUCCUUCCUAAUCCAUAGCAGAAGCCCUCAUCUCACUCCCCUACUAACUUCUCAGUUCUUCCUAUGAUGGGAAGCUCUCAUCAACACCUCCUAAUUAAGGACUAAUUUCCACCGUAGCACAGGAAUAGAACAUGGCUCAUUCCAUUUCUUUAUGGGGAGGGGAGCUCCCUAGAUGGGGAAGGGUGGUCUGCACUCUGAGAGGUUCUCAUCUUGCCCUGAUCAGCCUCUGGAGCCAGUGUCUCAACUCCCCACAGGUGGGCUGGCCCAGGAAAGGGGGACUUGUAGUGAUGAAGCCCUCUCCAGCUGCAGGGAAGCACAGGCACCUCUAGGGCCCUGCUGGCUUUGGCCAUAGAGUUCAGGGAAAGAUCACACUGUAGUAUCUCGGGGAUGGCCUUUCUCCAAAAUAAAUGGAACCUGAUUAAAUUUGCCA